GCGAGGCAGCGAGCAUCUCUAACUUGUGGCGGCGGAAGGCGCACAGAAGGAUGAGUUGAUGAGGAGGCAGUAAGCCAAGAAGUGGCGUGCACGUUGAAGAACCAAUUGGAUACGUAAAACAUUUGAGGUCGAGAGACAUUAGGGUGACAAGAAGAAAGGGAGCGUCAAAGAGUGAGGUGCGACAUGUUUGGAAUGCUGAAAAAUUCGCUUUUUGGAAACACUGAGGAGACGGAAUAUAAACUACUGAGCACAGAGACCAAGGAUGGCGUAAGCUUUGAGGUACGGCGUUACGACGCCGCAAAAUACGCCGUUGUUUCCUCGGAGGGACGCACUUAUGACCAGGUGACAGGCGAGCUGGUGAGGAAGCUCCUCAUGUAUAUCGGUGGAAGCAACGAACAAGGUGAAGCCAUGGGUACAGCAGCCCCGACCAUCAUCACCGUCUACCCUCGCAACGACGGCGUUCUGUCCCGUCGUCUGGUGGUUGCCAUCCGCAUUCCUACCGUCUACCAGCAAUGCCCCCCAACACCUACGGACACGACCAUUAAGGUUGAGGAGCGGCCCGGCAUGACCGUCUAUACACUGCAAUUUGGUGGCUUUGCAGGUGAGAGCGAGUUCCGAGCAGAGGCUUUGCGUUUGACACGCACCCUUGGCGAGACGGCGCCAUUCCAGCGCAAGCAAUACUUCUGUUGCAGUUACGACUCGCCGAUCAAGCCCUACGGACGGCGCAAUGAGGUGUGGUUUAUACAGGAGGAGCCGUAGAAACUCGCUCGGCCAUUCCGACCGCUUCACUGACACUCCAUUCAACUGAGGAAAACAGACGAUGUCACUUCAGUAUUGUUCUUCGAAAGAAAACAAGUGUAGUAUGUUUGUGAAUCAAAAAAUGUACUGUGACUUGUGUAUUUGUGUGCAUAGUAAAAGGGAAGACUAAUGUCAAAAAAAAAAAUGCAUACCUUACUUCUGCUUAGCAGUAAUGUAGCAUUAUUUGUUAGUUCCAAAUUAGAUUAUUAGCUACUUUUUUUUGUUGUAUAAUUAGAGAUGACUAUUGGGAGCGCUGUAUGACGCUCUGUGUAUUUUUUCAGGUUGUAGUAAGAGCAACACAGAAAUGCAGUUUAUCGUCGCAAGCGAUUUCCCAUUCUUUAAUUGGGAACUGGAAAUGAAGUGGAUGUUAAGCCAUAAAGUUGUGUUUAUAAUGGUGCCGUAAAUUUUUCGCCGUUUGUUUUGUGAUCAUUCGCAAUGGCAAUUUGAAGUUAAAACUGCAAACCAUUUUUCAUGUUGUUGUGCAUUAUUCAUAUUUAUUUACAUCCCUAAAAAUAUUACUGUGAUACAUCUGUCGUGCGGUUAAAACUGUAAGGGUUCAACUUGUCUGUCGGAAAAUAAUAAAAACUGUUGAAAUAGUCGUA